AGUGAAUCCAACUUAACAAUUCUUGGCACAUGCGCGGAUCAGUCGCGGCCAUAGACAUAAGAGAGAUAGACUGCGUGUGUAGGUUUGCAAAAGUGGCACCCUAUUAGAGAAAGACAACAUACCUUCUUUCCAUAUUAUAUACCAAGCAUUGAUAGAAGGUAUGGUGUCUUUGUCUUACACAUUGACAUAAGAGAGUCUCUCUUAUGUCUAUGGUCGCGGCAUACUUGCCUUAAAAGGUUAUGUUUUGAUCUACAAUUUUCAAUCGGUCAGAAUUAUUGAUAAUAAACUUGAAGACCUUUUUUCAUGCACGUUAAGCUUUUUUGUAAACCACAAUGGGUCUCCUAACAAUAUUAAAAAAGCUGAAACAAAAAGAAAAAGAAAUGAGAAUCCUCAUGCUUGGUUUGGAUAAUGCUGGAAAAACAACGAUAGUAAAAAGAUUAAUUGGUGAACCUAUUGAUACAAUAUCUCCAACGUUAGGUUUUAAUAUAAAAACAUUGGGCCACAAUGGAUAUAAACUUAAUGUGUGGGAUGUAGGAGGUCAAAAGUCAUUACGGACAUAUUGGAAAAAUUAUUUUGAAAGCACAGAUGGUCUUAUUUGGGUAGUUGAUAGUGCCGACAGAAGACGUUUAGAAGACUGUAAAGAGGAAAUGCAUAAACUAUUGCAGGAAGAACGUUUAGAAGGAGCAACACUUUUAAUUUUUGCAAACAAGCAAGACUUACCUGGAGCAGUUACGACAGAAGAUAUUGCACAAAUUUUGGAUUUGGAAAGUAUAAAAACGCAUCACUGGAAAAUAUACAAAGCUUCAGCCAUUACUGCUGAAAAUCUCUUGGAAGGUAUAAACUGGAUAGUAGAUGAUAUUUCCAAACGAGUAUUUUAUAAUGAUUGAAUAUGUGCCUAUGCGUGUUUUGGUACAAAUAAUAACUCGUUUACUUCCAGCAAUUUAAUUCUCUAGAUAUCAAAAACUGUUUAAUGUAAAAGAUGUUAAUUUUUAUAAUUUAUUAAUUUUAGUAUGUAAGAAACACAGUGAUUUAAUGUACUAUAUUGCUAUUUUCUACGAUAUUUUCACAAUAAAACUUAAGUUUUUAUUAAAAAAAA